UCUCUCUGCACCAAGGCACACUCCCUUAUUUAAGCAACAUCCCAAUUUCAUUUCAGUUACCCAAAAAUGGCAUCAAAACUGACCCUGAUUGCGUUGGUUGUUGCGGCCCUGUGCGCCGUUGAUCUAACCCAGAGAGCAUCAUCAUCAUCAUCAUCCCCUCACGCGCCAGCGCCCUCCGUGGACUGCUCCAACCUGGUUCUCACCAUGGCCGAUUGCUUGUCCUUCGUCACCAACGGCAGCACCAUCACAAAGCCAGAGGGCACAUGCUGCUCUGGUUUGAAGUCUGUUCUCAAAACCGCUCCGGCGUGUCUCUGCGAGGCUUUCAAGAGCAGCGCUCAAUUCGGCGUCGUUUUGAAUGUCACCAAGGCAACCACUCUCCCUGCUGCCUGCAAAGUCUCUGCUCCUUCUGCCACCAACUGUGGAUUGUCUGAGACGCCUGCUGCUGCUCCUGCUGGAGGCCUCUCUCCACAAGCUUCUCCAUCUCCCCAACAAGCAGCAGAUGCUUCUACUAAUGGUCCUGUAAAUGAGGUAUCUCCAGCACCAGCACCAGCUCAAGGGAACACAGCAUCAGCAUUAUUCCCAAUUUCAGCUAUCUCCUUGUUUGUUGCCAUAUUGGUAGCCACAUUCUCAGGCUUCUGAGAGGAGUUUCGUUCCAUUUUAAAGUGUAGAGAGAUGACAUGAGGGAUUAUUAUUAUUUUGAUGUUUUCUUUGGGUUUUACCAUUGGAGAGCUCUUCUUCAUUCUAUGUUUGACUUAAAACUUAAAAAGUAGAUAACAUUCAUUCUGGGAGUGACUCGAAUCUAUUUUGAGGUUGUACCCGCAUUUUCAUUAUAUAUAAGUCUAUUUAUUUAUAUAACUAUUUGAGUUGCCAUAUUA